AAUUGUUAUACCACAAGCAGAAACCCGUGUCAACAUCAGGUUUUGAAACGGCCCUCGUGCAAACAGGAAACAAAAACUACAGCGCCAGCUGACGUGUACAAAGCAUGAAACCCAAAGGGAUGACAGACGCUCCGAAAAGCCCAGGCAUACUUUUUGUGAUAUUAUGCGUCUGUUCUUUAAUAAACGAAUGUUCUUCAUCUAAAAUAUCAGAUUUGCGUCUAUGCGGCGACAAAGAAUGCAAGACUACAUUAUCCUAUGGACGUACAUUAGCAAAGCAUGUGCAGAAUGACCAAGUUUUCCUGAACUUUGAGAGAAAUGAAAUGUUAGAAAUAACAAGUAAAUCAGCAGGGGAUAGGCCUGAUCUAUGGGGUGGCAGAUUAAAUGGAAAGACAGGAUAUUUCCCAAGAUCUUUCGUCAGAGAAUACAAAGUCGAAAACCCCUCGCCACAGUUUAUUGUGCCCACAGAGAUUUCUGAGGGGAAGAAUGUGGUGAUUGAGGAGAAACCAGCUAAGGUUCCAGACAAGGCUGAGGAAGGGACUGAGAUGGAUGAUACAGAGGAUCAGGAUGAUACCGAGGUGGAGGAUGAGGAUGAUGAUGUUUGGUGGGAAGAAGACGAAGAUAAAGAAGCUACAGAUAAGACAACACAGAAGGAUCAAGAAAAACCUGCCACACCACCCUCAAGUGCCUCAAAAGAAGACGAAAAGGACAAAAAUGUAGAAGAGGUCAAGGUCACUCAAACAGAGGGAAAAGACAGUGAGGAUGUAAAAGUUACUGACAGUCAGAAUUCAGAUAACCUUAAACAGGGUGUGGUCGCUGAAGAAAAGGAUGAGUCCAAGGAGCCCGCUGUCAGUGAUGAGAAAGAUCCAACAGAAGUAGGGGAGACAAAGGAAGGAAAUGAAGGCACUGAAAAGAAAACUGUUGAAGAUUCAAGCAGUCAAAUUCAUGUUAAUAAAGAGAAUAGGGUGAAGGAAUUGCUGGAUGAACUGAGAGAGUCUCUCUACUCUCUCCAUGAUAUUGAUGAUAAAGACAAAUUAGAUGUUAAUGAGUUAAACAAAAUGCUACAGGAAGGGUCAGCUAAACAACAGCCAGAAACAACUGUCAGUCAGCCUCCUCCAGCUGUUGAUGGUAAAAGAGAAUUAAAUCGGGAUAAGCCUGAUGAUGCCCCACCAGAUAUUAAGUCACAGGAAGAUGUCAAGUUACCCGGACUGUCGGACCUAUUGAAGGAUACUCCUGAAGAUGCUUCAAAAUCACCACAGGAUGAUAGAUCACUGGAGAAAGAUGACACAGAAACCACUGAUGAAACAGAGAUUGAAAAUGAGGAGAGUGGCACUGAACAGAAACAGGAAACACCAGAGGAUGCUGGGAAGGAGGAUGCUGGGAAACACCCAGGCGGUAUUCCUGUUAGUGAUGUGGAGGAUCUUCCACCAAGUCAACAGGAGCAAACUAAGAAGGAGAUCCAGCCAUCAUCAGUGGAACAGGAAAAAGUUGAAGAAACACCGCUACGGAGCUCUUUUACUGAGGAAAUGAGCACCACUCCAUCAUCAGAGAUGAAGGCAAGCAGCAGUUCACACACCCCGGGACUGACAGAGGUACCAUCCUCUGUGACAGAAUCUUCUACAGUGGUAGAAGCCUCACAGCAAACAGAGAUGGCUGGCUAUACAAUCAUUGAUGGGACACCAUUUCCUCUGGAUAUGUUUGAGGAUCCUACUGCUACAGAGAGUGUUGUAGAGCAAACAGAAAAUGUAGUAGAGCAGACAAAGCCAGGAACAUUCUCCUCAACACAGUCUCAAGUGGAUUCUUCAUCAGUUUUGCCAGAUAAGACAAUCAAGUCUCCAGCUACUGAGAAGCAGGAAACAGAGUCUACAUUACAGUCACAAAUCCCAAAACAAAGCUCUGUUAUGCCUUCACUAACUGAAACUCUGUCAGAGUCCAUGUUGGUUGGCAGUGGAUCAUCCCCAGCAGAUGUUGUACCAACACAAACUGACACAGAUUCUAAAUCAGCUGCAGUUAAGAAGGAAGACGGUAUGGAGAGCAUAGUUCAAGUAGAUACUGAGGUUGGUGGAAGUAAAAAAGAUGGGUCAAAACAAGUUGAAGGUACAAAACAACUGGACAUAAAAGAUUUGGAGAAACGUGUAGAGAGCAAGAAAGAGGAAAUUAAAAGGACUGAGGAAAGUAAAGAAACUAAAGAAGAUCCAAAGGUUAAAGAUCAAAUCCAAGAAAAGGUGGACACUCCAGAAAAGGAAAGCUUGACAAAUAUGUCUAAUAGCGAAGAGAAAGUAAAUGAGAAUCAACAGAAAUCACAAGAAUCAGAUAUACAGAAUGGUCAACAAACAGAACAGAGAGAGGAAGAUAAAAAGCAAACUGAUGCAAAAGAAAGUGAAGAAAAAGCUGAAAAACCAAAUCUGUCAGUGCUCAAGUUUUUGGAUGACGAGGAAAGCAGUUCUGAGGUACCAUCUUCUGAUGAAAAUGUGAAAGAAAUGGAAAUUCCAAGUGAAGAAGUAAAGACAGAAAAAGAGAAAAAGCAGGAGCAGCUGAGCCAAGAAUUGACAGAGAAACCAAUCCAGGAGCAGACGACAGUAUCAGCUGUUCCUUCUACCUCCCCCACAGAACAGCUCAUGUCUUCCAUGGAGAUUGAUUAUAGUGUAGAAACCAAAACAAUUAUCGAUGACACAAGGAAUACCGGUAUUCUUGGAGAGCAUCAGAAUGCUACCCAGACUGUGGUGGAAACAGAUAACCUAAAACUUGAACUUCCCACCACCAUGGAUGCAUAUGCCACUGCUGAUUUUUUGUCAAGAAAGCCUCUGUCCCAUGAACCUCACACAGAGUCGUCACAAUCUCAAAACCUCAAUGAAAAAUUGGAGGUAAAAGAAAAAGUUGAUGAUGAAAUAAGAAAAGAGACAGUCACACAGGCCUCUCCAGAGACAACUCAGACAGAGUCUACAGCAGAAACAAAAUUUGGGGAAACCAAAUCUGAAUCAGUCACAGUAUCUCCGCUUGAAUCAACAACCUUGUCAGGUUCCGACGAUGGUGAAAUUCCUCCACCUCCCACUGAAUCAAAGGAGACCACUACACAGCCCGGUACAGGUCAGUCAUCAGAGGAACCACUUGUAGCAGCAGAGGACGAAAAGGAAGAUUCAAAACCAACCACAGGAGAGAAAGCAGGUGUAACUGAAUCAACCCCAGAAGGUGAGCGGGCCUCCACUGGUGCAUAUGAUCAAGAGGAUUUUUUGUCACGGAAGAUCAACGAUGGAGAUUUGGAAGAGAAGGAAGAUCUGACCUACAAAGCUGAGAGAUCAUGGAUGAAGGGAGACCAGUUCUUUAGGGGCGUAAUCUCAAAGCUCCCUCCAUCACUGCAAGCCUUGCUAGAACAGGAACCUCUUGGACUCUCGCCUCAGAUGACAAUUCUGGUCACCAUGGUUACUUUAGCAACACUGAUGGCUGCUACAUGUUUUAGUGUUAUUUGUGGGGGAGGCAGAAAGUCAAAGAAGCAAGACCCUGUAGUGGUGGUCAGGGGCUUGGAGGAAAAAUUGUUCAUUUUAACAAAAGAAAAGGAAAAUCUUGAGGAUGAGCUAAAUGCUCUUCAACAGAAGAUGCAGGAUACUGAGGAAGAUACAAAGUCCACUCAGUCCUCGGUCAGCACCAUUCAGAAAGACCUACAGACUCUACAGCUUCACAACAAUGCUUUAAAGGAAGAAAUUGAGACUUUGAAGGAGGAAAAUACAACAAUGAAACAGGAGCUAUCAGCCAAAUCAAAGGAACUGAAAUCUAAAGACAACCAGUUGAAAGAGUUGGAGAAACAGAUUAAACAAAAAGAUGAAAAAUACAACAAGACCAAUGAAAAAUGCAAAGAAGCCACAAAAGAAGUUCAAGAGAAGGCAGGGGAGAUAAAAACUUUAAAAUCCCAGAUUCAUAGUCUGACGGAACAGGUGUCUCACUUGGAAGCAAACAAAUCUCAGUUGUGUGAAGAAGCCAAUGUCUGGAGUGAAAAAGUACAGGAGCUGACAGAACAGCUCGACUAUGUCAAGGGAGAGCAGAAACAAAUGGCUGAGGAUCUAGCAUACAAAGAAAAUGAAAUAGAGGUUUUGAGAGAUUGUUUCCUCCAACUGAAAGCAUUCCAAGAUCAGGUGGGGGAGGAAGGAGAAGAAGGGGAGGGAAGCAGGGAUGAGACAGAUUCUGGAAACAUCGAGUCCAAACUGAAGUCUAUGAUGGAUGUGUCGGAGGUCUCAGCCAAAUUAAAAGCAGCAGAAGAGGAAAAGAAUUCCUUAGAAAACCGACUAGAGAUUGAAAUGCAGAGUAGGAAAGACAUGGAAGAGCGUAUUUUGGACCUGGAGAGAAAGGCAGAGAGUCUGAACUCUGACAAGAUGAAAGCUGAGAGGCAGAACAGUGAUGCCCAGACCAAGUUAGAGGUCUUGUCCAACUACUUCAAACAAAAGGAGCUGGAGCUACAGAGAGAGUUGGGAGAACAGGAGGCACUGAAGAAAAUGAAUAUCAACAAACUGGAGAACUCUGACACAAGAACAAAGAUGAUGCAGGAAGAAUUAGAUGGAUCAAAGGCGCAGGUAGAGGACUUGAAACGUGAAAUUUUAUCUGCAGAGAGAGAUUUCCGUUCACAGAUCGCAGCAAAUGAAAAGAAAGCCCAUGAAAACUGGCUUGCAGCCCGAGCCGCAGAGAGAGAACUGAAGGAGUCCAGACAUGAAGCCUCUGUGUUACGCCAAAAGUUGACUGACCUUGAGCGACGGCUGAUGCAGGGGCCACCAGGAGGGUUGAUCAGGCCUGUCCCCUCCAGAGGAAUGCCUCCCCCAGGUAUGUUGAAUGGCCCCCCUCCACCUGGAAUGGACCGCCCUGGAUCCCGGGGUCGCCUACCCCCCACUGGUCCAAGAGACGAGGAUUUCCCAGGAUCCCCAGGCCCAGACUCAGAGCGUCGACCACCUCCACCCCUGGGUCCUGACGAUCGGAGAAUCCCUCCCUUCAAUCCAGAUGACAGACGCAUGCCAUUCCAUGAUGAUAGAAGAAUUCCACCAAUGGAAGGUCCUGACCGAAGACAGACACCGAUGGGGCCACGGGUGCCACCCCCUCACCCCAUGGACAUCCGGUCACCACCACCCUUUGACAGGAGGCCACCUCCACCACUGGAUAGAAGGUCACCACCUCCUUAUGAACGAGGGUUAAGGCUUCCUCCUCCUCCUUUAGAUCGGAGAUCACCUGGACAGAGAAUGCCUUUCCCUCCUGAUAUGCCUCCUCCUCAUCUCCGGGGUCUCCCAAGGGGACCGCUCUCUCCUCCUCUUCGAAAUGAUGGUCAUGGAAUAGACACACCCCCUUACAGACCCCCACACGACCCAGAUAGAGAGCCAAGGCAGCAGAGCCAGGUCUGAUCAGCUGAUUGCAAUAUUUAGGCAGAUUAGGGCACCUGAACAGUGAUUCCCAAAAAUGGUGAUUCUUGAAGUAGACACUGUGUUCAAAUUAGGGUAUUUUAAAUUGAGUGUGUAAAUUUAAUGCAAAUGUGUUUGAAUGAGAUGAUUACGAGAUUUCAUUACAUGCUGGGUGGGUGUGAGAUCGUGUUGAGUGGGAGCGAUUGGUCCUGUUACCCAGAGAGAGGGUGUUGUAUGUGAAUGGGUACCCAGUGAACUGUGAUAACAAGGUUACAAACCUAAUAAUGUCUCUGGGAGAGAUUUAGUCAUUUUCUGUUGCACAGACUAUUGUAUUUGAAUAUAUAGUGCUGAUUUUUAUGUCUGAUGGCGUAGCUGAUCAUGUGACUGCUACAUAUUGCAGUGUUAAAUGUGUUAUGUUUCAUUUUGUGGGAUAUUUUAUAGUUUAUAGAUCAACAUAUUCAAUAUCUGAUCUCAGCUCGCUGUAACUGCAGUAGUGGAUAAAUGAAUUUGGUUAAAAUGUCUGGUAGUUUACAACUUUGUUGUCUUGAUGAACUAGUCACUCUGAACGGUUUGGAUCUCCCUGAUUAUUAACAUAUUACAAAUAUUAAUGAGAUGAUAUACAGAGAAGCUAUUUUUCUAGUUUCAAUUUAGAGAUUCCAUCUCAAAGCUUGUGUUAGUUAUAUUUUGUGCCAUCCUGUAACUUUGAUGCAACAUUAAUAUUUACAUGUACAUGUAUUAUAAUGCUCAGCCCAUUUUGUACAUGGGAAUAGCUUCCCCAUACCAUUCAUUGUACAUUUAUCAUUUAAUAUUUCCAUUGUGUAUUUCAUUACUUAAAAACUUCCUUGUUUUCUUUUCCUUGGUUGUGUAUUUAAGAGAGAUAAUUUUUGUUAUCACCUGUAGUUGUUUUCCUUUCCAUUUUAAACUAUUUAUUGCCUCUACUAAGGGGGAGAAACAGACAUGAAAGUGUUGUGUCAGCAGCCUUGAGAGGAUGGAUGCACUGGAUUAAAAUGCCAUUUGUGAACUACCUGUACAGUUCUUGUCUCUGAUCAGUUUGCAUUUUAGAUAAAGUUCAACUAGGCAACAUCUAAGUAAUUGGCUUGAUUCAGAAUGGAAAUUAUUAAACCUUUAUCAGCAUUUACCAUAUGUGUAUUGAAAGUUUGCAAGUUCCAUUAUGAAUGUUUGAAAGAUUGUUUAGAUGAGAAAAAUUGUUUUUUUUAGAUAUCCUCCUGUCAUGGAAACAAAUAAAUUGUUACAAAUAUUG